UUAAUCUCCGUUAAGCUAAGCACACUUAUCGGCUAUUUGGGUAAUCGUUACAGUCGCCCUCGUAUGAUCGCGAUUAGCGAAAUGAUCUUGGUGUUAUCAAGCGUAAUCAGCGCGUCACCAUACUUUAUUUACGGCCCGGGAACACAUCUACUAUACGACGAUACCCUCAUGUCAAAAAUGACUGCCAAUAAUACCCGGUACGAAUUAUGUACAACCAAGAUUGACACACAGGAUUGUACAGCAACUGGUGGUCACUCUACUGUAUGGCCUGCUGUUAUUAUCCUGGUAAUUGGCAGCGCGUUGAGAGGUGUGGGCUAUACUGCUUACUGUGUGUUUGGAUUGGCAUUCAUUGACGAUAGUGUUAGCAAAAAAAGUUCACCACUUUAUAUGAGCCUAUGGGCCAUUUUGAGAAUGAUCGGGCCCGCCGGUGUUGACCCACACGUUUCAAGCACAGAUCCACGUUUUAUUGGCGCAUGGUGGAUUGGAUUUUUAGUAAUAGCCGGACUGUUAUUUCUGGCCACUCUACCAAUGUUUUUGUUUCCAAGGCAACUUAAAGGGGCCUCGGUCAAAGAAAAAGAUCGUGUCGAGUACGAUAAGAGUUCCCAAGGAUACUUUCAAUGUGUCAAACGGCUCAUAACAAAUCCACUAUUUAUGUUUAAUCUGAUUGGCAAUUGUUUUCGUUUUAAUGGCCACCAGGGCUAUGGAGUGACCAAGCCCAAAUACAUCGAGUCCCAGUACAGGGUGUCGGGCAGCAAGGCCAAUUUAUUAACAGGCGUUACCGGAAUGCUGCCCGUGGCUAUUGGAGGCUGCGAAUGCACUACCAGUGUAUUCACGCCAAUGUGUUCGGCCGAUGAAGUGACCACAUAUUUCUCGCCGUGUUAUGCCGGUUGUGUGCAUUUAGAUCAAAACACCGGGAUUGCAACUAAUUGUUCGUGCAUAGCUGAUCAUGGUGGAUUAGCAACCACUGCGUAUAUACCGUAUCCGCUUAUAUACGGCGCGAUCGCCGACUCAGUCUGUCUGGUAUGGGAGAGCACAUGUGGUAAGACAGGUAACUGUUGGCUAUACAAUCAGAAUCGUUUCCGCUAUGUACUACACAUUGUAACCUUGCAUAAUAAAAAUGACGACCAAGAUGACCAUAUAGUGACCACAUGCGGACUGGGCUCGUGGAGGCCCGGGUGGCUACAGGUGUUCGCCACGCCCUUCUGGUUUGCCAUAGUGUACGCCCUGAUAGGUGUGGUGCAGACAAUGUCCACAACUGGAAAAGAGGUUUGCGACGGGUGGCUACAGGUGUUCGCCACGCCCUUCUGGUUUGCCAUAGUGUACGCCCUGAUAGGUGUGGUGCAGACAAUGUCCACAACGUAUUUGAUAGCAGUGUUAACAUCAGUGGAAAAGAGGUUUGCGUUUGACUCCAAGAUAUCGGGAGUUAUAUUAAUAGCCGAUAAUAUCGUGGAAUUGUUUUUAAGCCCACUUAUUGGCUACCUGGGCAAUCGCUACAGUAGACCGCGUAUGAUCGCUGUUAGUGAAAUGAUAUUGGUGUUAUCGUGCGCAAUAAAUGCAAUGCCUUACUUUAUAUACGGCCCGGGAACACACCUACUAUACGAUGACACUCUACUGUCCAAAAUGACAGCCAAUAACACGCGUUAUGAGUUGUGUUCGGCCAAAAUUGAUACAAUUGAUUGUACAGCCAAAGGUGUUAACCCUAAUGUAAAAAGUACGGAUCCGCGAUUUAUUGGUGCAUGGUGGUUAGGAUUUUUAGUGAUCGGGGUACUGUUGUUUCUGGUAAAUUUGCCCAUGUUCUUAUUUCCAAAGCAACUCAAAGGCGCAUCGGUCAAAGAGAUCGAUCGUGUUGAAUAUGCAAACAGUCAUGGGUUUAUGGACUGCACUAAACGGCUGCUAACAAAUCCACUGUUUAUGUUCAAUCUGAUUGGCAAUGCAUUAAGGUAUACGGGUUAUGGAGGUUACGGUACCACCAAGCCUAAAUACAUGGAGUCCCAGUACAGGGUGUCGGGGAGCAAGGCCAAUUUAUUAACGGGUGUGGCUAAUUUAUUGCCAAUGGCAGCUGGUACUUUAGCAGGCGGUAUUGGAAUAAGAUACAUUAAACCUAAAGCAUUGUACUUGAUUAUUUACAUGUUUUGCCUGGAAUGGGUGUCAAACUUGACCAUGUUAGCGUCAAUGUUUUUGGGCUGCCCACCCCUACAACUCGGGCCCAUUGGUGAUACAAAAACAACCACAUUUACAAUGAGUGCCGCAUGUAAUCAGGGUUGCGAUUGCACUACUAGUGUAUUUACGCCAAUGUGUUCAGCCGAUACAGUGACCACGUUUUUCUCGCCAUGUUAUGCCGGCUGCACAAAUUUUGAUAAAGUUACCGGGAUUGCAACUAAUUGCAAGUGCAUAAGUGACCAUGGUGGACUGGCAACCAGUGGCUACUGCCAGAGCGAUGCCGACAAUUGUACAAAUUUAUAUAAUUUUUUAAUGGUCAAAACCUUACCAGCAAUUGUCACUUCAACAGUUAGAACUGGCAAUAUUUUACUAGCAUUAAGAGUUAUCGAUCCGAAAGACAAAAGCUUUGCUAUGGCAUACAUACCAUAUCCAAUUAUAUUCGGGUCGAUUGCCGAUUCAGUUUGUUUGGUUUGGGAGAGUACGUGCGGUAAAAGCGGUAAUUGCUGGCUAUAUGACCAGGAUCGAUUCAGAUACGUACUACACGGGGCCACUCUUGCGUUAAUAAUAGUGGCGUCACUUUGCGAUGUGCAAGCGACUGAACACAUUGAUAAGUGCACUUUUGUGAAGUUGUGCUGUCUGCACAAGAACGAGCAUGAACUCGACGAUAUGUUGAAUAUACAUAAUCACAUGGUACUUUCGGAACUACCAUUGAUUUAA